AUGGUCGCCGAAGCUACGGCCACCCAGCAGGCAUUGGAGGAACAAGUCACCCAAAUGUCUUCGCACGGGAGAAACCGUGAAGAUUCUCUUCGGGUCCCUCGCGAGAAAAUCGCGACCAUAGAAGAAGAAGCCACCACCAUGUCGUCCCAUGAGUCGGACAAACUCCUCCGCUGGCUUUUACAAGUCAGCACUGCAGCUGACGCUCAGCGUAUCUCCGACGACGCCACCCGAGUAGCUUUCGCGAUGUCGUAUUUGAAGAGUCGUGCGGAAGAUUGGGCGUUCUCGAAACGCUUGACGGACCGCCACUGCUUUCCAUCUUUCGCGGUCUUUGAGACCGAACUCAAGGCAAUAUACCUGCCACCCAACAGCGACUUUCGUUAUCGCUCGCAAUACUACUCUGUUCUGGCUGAAGGCCCAUUUGACUUUGGAUUGGCGGAAUUUUUCUAA